GGGUUUUUGGGAUCUCUCCUCUUCUUCUCUCCUCCUGCUUACAACAACAACAAGUCACCACCACCACCACGCCUCUCUCUCUCUCUCUCUCUCUCUAUUUCUCUUACCACACAAACGGGGAAGGGUGGGUAUCCUUCCCAAUUCCCCGCUGAUCUCUAUCCAAUCCGCGCCGCGCCUCCUCCUCUCCAAGGUGGAACGAUCCGUUUCUAUUUGUUUUGCUAGACAGGAGAUGCCGCCUUGGUGGUGGUGGUGGGAUGGAUGGAUGUGAGAGCAGAUUGAUUGAUUUUAGCUGCUGCUGCUGAUUGAUUGAUUGAUUGGAUUGGUGAUGAUAAUUGCUCAAUCGGAUGCAUGCGAUGAUCCAAUUCUUCUUCUUCUUCUUGUGAUCUACAAAUUCCAAUACAUAUACUAGUAGUAGUAAGAGUAAGCAUUCAUAUAAGAUAAUGGAGGCGUCGGAUCUGAACACCCACUUGCCGCCGCGCAAGCGACUGCUCGCCGGCCUCAGGAUGGCCGCCCCUCCCUGCGCCGAUGCUCCCCCACCCGCGCUCCUCACCGCCGAUCUCGCCGCCCGCCUCCGCCACAUGAUGGCCUCCUCAUCCUCUCCCGACGACAUCGUCCAGGCCGCCAGGUCGGCUGCCUCCACCGCCGCCCAAGCUGCCGCGGCCGCCCGGGCCACCGCCGCCGAGAAGGCGGCCGUCGCUGCCAAGGCUAGGGCUGCUGCCCGCGCUGCCAUGGAGUUCCUCGAUUCCAUUUCCAGGCCUGCCUCAUCCAGGAACGGCCUCCAGCUCAAGCUCAAAUCCAGGAAGAAGCAUGUGCAGGUCAAGCUCUUGUACAAGCCCAAUGGCCGCCUUGAGGAGGGUAGAGGAGGACCUCCUACUACUGGGGAUGCUUCUUCCAAGCCCCGCAGGCGCGGCAGGGAGACCGAUGAAGAGGUUGCUCGCAAAUUGCACCGCGCCAUGAACAGCUCGCCGCGCAUUUCCUUCACUGGACCGAAGAGGCCACGCACCAUUGCUGCUGAGAAUGGGGGUGUGCUUGAUGCUUGCAAUGGUUCUUCACCUUAUCCACCAACGUUUGAGGUCAGCACGAUAACUAACGGAUGCUCUUUAGGGCAAUCUAGUGAGCUCCCUGUGCCAUUUUCCGAGCAUGAGGGUCUUGAUGAUGAUAAUAAAGAUUCUUCUGGUCAUGAUACUACAAAGAGUAGGGCUAUCGUUGGUAAUGGAGUUGGAGCUGGAAACCUAAGUGCUGGUAGGAAAGUGAAGAUCAAGAGAAAGGAACUGCUUUUGAACCAACAUAAUAGUAAAGAUACACAAGAGGCCAAAGAAAUAAAACCGUCUAUAGAUUCUAUACGAUACGACGAAUCAAAGCAAAAUGGAGCUGAAAAGAGAUUGAACCAGCUUGUAGAUGCAAAGGAUCCCGGUGAUGGUUUGGCGCCGAUGAAGAUCUCAUCUGUAUGGAGGUUCAAAAAGUUCAAAACAUCACACUGCUCUUCUGACAGUAAGGUUUUGCACAACGUGUGCCCCUCUACUUCGGCGGCUGAGACCUCUGCUUCGGUGAAAGCUGAUUAGUGAGGUACCUUAGCUCAUAGUUGGCAGAUGCUUGUCUUAGCUAUGUUUGUUGUGAGAUUUUGUAUGUUGAAGCUACCAUUCGGACAAACAGGGAGGGCAGGUGAUCUCUCCCGGUAGAUUCCCCACCUUCUAUUUGAUUUUCAUACAAACGUGCGUGCUUUUAUGGUAUAUAAGUUACUGGAUAUUUCUACCAAGUUGUUUCUGCUCCACUCUUCCCAAUUAUGUUAGCAAGAAUCUGUGACAAAGUCAUAUUGUCUUGAAAUGCUGGGUCGUCGACAUUACAGGCAAGAGCUGCUACUACUACUAUUAUUA